AUGCUCAUGCUCUCCUCCGCCGUCGCCUCCGUGCUCGCCGUCGUGUCCUUGACCUCGGUCGCCGACGCCGCCGCCAUCCAUACCCCUCAAGGCAGGAGUAUCCAGCGUCGUAAGAUCACUACAUGCCGUGGUACCGGCCAAUACCCCUUGCCCCAGAACAACGUCUGCAAACCUUGCUCGUGGAAGUUCCCCGGCGCCUCGACCUGCACGGCGACGGCGGCCUUGCGAUGGUGCGUCCGCGGUGGCCGAAGAGCUGAUGGUGGAGCUUGGGCAUUGUCAAGUUUCCCCGCUUACUAA